CUAAGUUGCGAGGACUUGGACUACACGCAAGAUAGAGAGGUUUUUUGUAGAAUAACCAAAUAAGGAGGGUAUAAAGUGGGAGGAAACCUGAGCACCUGGAGUAAGCCCGUUCAAAGAUGAAGGAAAGAAAUGAAAGUUAGAUUGCGUGCGAGGACUUGGACUACACGAAAGAUAGAGAGGUUUUUUGUAGAAUAACCAAAUAAGGAGGUUAUAAAGUGGGAGAAACCUGAGCACCUGGAGUAAGCCCGUUCAAAGAUGAAGGAAAGAAAUGAAAGGUGAUGAAAUUGCAGUAAGAAGUUUAGCUUUGGCUACGAGAGUCCUUCUUCUCCUGCAGUGAUUGAAGACAGGUGCUUCUCUGCUGACUCAAGUCCUUGUUCUGGUCCGUUGCGGCUUUGAGUUCGUCUGGCAACGUGAUUUCGGUUUGGAUUUGUUCACAAAGCUCGUUAAUAUGCCGUUGCAGUUUGUGGUUUUCCAACCGGAUGGUGUCGAUUUGUUCCUGCAGAGGUUGUAUUUUGUUGUGCUCCAGCUUCAGGUCGCUCAGUUCUUUCUCCAUCGAGUUGCCCAGUUUGGUCAGAGCUUUCUUUUCUUUCUCCAAUGUUUUCGUUUCGGCCUUCAGGACACUCAGGAUUUUGAGUCUGUCUUUGAAGGCCUGGAUUUCCAGCUUUUGUCCGUCGUGCUGUAGCUCUAUGUCGUCCACCUCUGCUUUCAGCUUGUUGUGCAUGUCCUCCCAGUGCUCCUCCUUAAGAAGCUUUCCAUGGAUGUUGGCAUGGAUUCUACUCCGAGUUUCAUGUCUUUUAUCAAGUUCGCCCUUGUAACCUUCCAGUCUCCAGAUUUUGUUCUUGAACUCUGUUUGCACCUUGAGCUCUUUGUUGGCGCGAUCGUUUUUCUCCUUCAGGUUGUGGUUCUCUAUCUUCAAGUCCUGAAGUUUGGUCCUCAGACUCUCCAGUCUUUCUUGCAGGGCCUCAGUUUCACAGCUAUUGACUUCAACUGCUGGUUUUGCCGCAUUGUACUCUCCACGCAGGGCUUCUUCCUUCUCAAUCUCUCUCUCAAUCUCCUGCAUCUCGUGUUGCAAAGCAUCGUUUUGACUAACGACGUCUUCCUCUGAAAUCUCUCUCUGCAGGGCGACGUUCUCUCGAGUCAGGUCUUCUUCGGAUGCUUUCACCGCGCAAAUCCUUGCCUGACUAGUAUUCUCAUUCUUUACUGCUUCACGAGACUCAUUUAACUCAACUUUCAUCUGCUUGUAAUCUGGAUCUGCAGCUAGGAGCUCUGUCUGCAGGGCUUCAUUCUCGCAGGUUCUGUUUUGUUUGAGCUCUUUUAGUGCAGCGUACUUUUCCUGCAUGAACGUUUUACUCUUCAGCUCUAGAGUUUUCUCGUCAAUCUCAGUCUGCAAAUCCCUAUUCGCUCUAAUGAGUUCUUCAGUGUCGACUUUAAAGAUCUCGUAAACUUCAUCUGUAAUCCCGAGAAGCCGGAGCCUCUCUUUUCGCUGCUCUAAUUCUUCCUUCUUGGCCUCAUUGUCCUGCAUGAUUUGCUUUUUCAGCUUUAUCUUAUUGUCGAUUUGAAACUCUGUGGGAUCCUGAGCGAUGACGCUUUUUAGCUUGGCAAUUUCUUUGCUGUGCUCAUCUUGCUUUGUUUCCAAAGCUCGACACUCUGUGACCACUCCUUCGUAGGUGACCUGCUUUUGCAGUGCUUCCUGAUACAGUGGUUCCAGAUAUUCACGCUCUAACUCCAAUGCCAUCAUUUCUGCUCUCAGUUCUGGGAGCUGGUUACUCAUCUCUUGGUGCUUAUUGUUUUUGUCUUUGAUCUCCAAUACUUGGUCUUUAAGGUCAUAAUAUGAUUUACGUGCAGCCAUUUCCUGAUCCCUAACUGAUAGAAACUCUGUCUGCAAAUCUCCCAUAUUGUUAAAGUGCGUAUUGAGGAUCGCGAGUCUCAAACUGGCACUUUGUAUCUGCUGGUAAGCAAGGUCUAAGGUUUUAUUCAGGUCAGUAAUGUCCUUGGAUAUUUCCUUAUGUUUAUCAUCUGCACUCAUUUCAGACCCUGGCCUGACUCUCUCUUGCCUCUUUCUUCUCCGCCUUAUUAGAAACAUACUGAAGAGUAAUGAAGUGAUUAAAAUACGACUGUGGAAUAAUCUCUGCACGAUACUGUCAACCUCUGUAAACAAUAUGUGUGUUCACUGCAAGCUGUGUGUUCAUAUGUGCUGGAUCAAAGCACCUUGUGUUCAUAUGUGCUGGAUCAAAGCACCUUUACCACUACAGGUGUGACGUCAUCGCAUUCCACACGGCUUUCAAGUCAAUUCGAUGACGUCAUAGGAUUCGAAAACGCUGCACGCAUGAAGUCUAAAUGGAAUGGAGCCGUUGCCAUGGAAACCGAGGUGUAAACCUGAUGUGACGUGAGGUCACAGCUCUUAAGACUAAACUAAACAAAGUCCUGUUUGUGCUGUUAUUUUCACCACAAACAACAAACGCUUAUAAUUCAUAGAGACAGCAACGGCAUGACGCAAACACUAUGCGACAAAAACGCACGGUCGGUGACGUCAUUUAACCCAGUCACUCAGGAGUGGGAGAUCCAAAGCUACAGAAAAACCAAACAAAGAGGAUUUUUUUUACAUGUUUUCGCGUUUAAAGCUGUUUUCUGAUGCACCCGGAGGACAUAUUGGAGACUUGGAAUAACAACUCUUGAUGGCGACUCCGAGUAAGACCCCCCCCGGAGUCGACCCGAAGCAGCUGGAGAGGACCGGGAUGGUCCGAGAGAUCGGAUCCCAGGCGGUGUGGUCCCUGUCCUCCUGUAAACCUGGGUUUGGAGUGGAUCAGCUGAGAGACGAUAACCUGGAGACGUACUGGCAGUCGGACGGCUCUCAGCCUCACCUGGUCAACAUCCAGUUCAGGAGGAGAACGACGGUGAAGCUGCUGUGUAUCUAUGCAGAUUAUAAAUCAGACGAGAGCUACACCCCCAGUAAGAUCUCCGUCAGAGUGGGAAACAACUUCCACAACCUGCAGGAGAUCCGGGUAACAACUCUUAACAGCCAUAGUAUUACAUCAUCAGUAAUGAAUAAUCAGUGUCUGACCCCCCCCCCCCCCCUCUGCCCCUCCUCUCUGCAGCAGUUAGAGAUGGUGGAGCCCAGCGGCUGGAUCCACAUCACGCUGAUGAACCAGCGUACGAACGAUCCGAUCAGCACCUUCAUGAUCCAGAUCGCGGUGCUGGCAAACCAUCAGAACGGCAGAGACACACACAUGAGACAGAUCAAGGUCUACACCCCCGUCGAGGAGAGCUCCAUCGGGAAGUUCCCACGAUGCACCACGGUCGACUUCAUGAUGUACCGCACCAUCCGAUGACUGAAACCUGCAGGAUUCUUUUUGCUGAAAUAUGGAGGGUUUUUGCACUGUGUCAUUAAAGGUGGACUUUAAAAUACAGAAGAGGAUCUUGAAGAUUUUCAGAAAAAACGACAUCAUUUUAUGUCAUUUUCUGAAGGUUUUGUGACCCCCCUCCCCACAAAGACCGGAUCCGUCUGCAUCGGUUCAGUUUGAGUCGUAUUCCUGCAGAAAUGUCAGAAAAUGCCAUUUCAGACUCAAAAAUAUCAAUAUUUUUCUGGUUUUCUCCAUUUUAUAUUAUAUUAAAGUGACAUGAGACAUCCACACUGCCUGUGGAGUGAGCCAGUUAUGAAGUCAACAUGUUUUUUUUACUCAAAACCCAAACAGCCGUGCCUACAGACUGUCUCCUGAAUAAUUUUUGUUUGUGGACGUUGAAUAAAAUGUGUUUUUAUAACAACAUGGCUACCA